GUCUCCGUAUACCACGAGAAAGCCAUCAUGUCAGGUCAACAAGGUUUCAACCCCGGUGCCUUCGAGUUCCGACCGGGACAACAACAACCUUUCGUCCCACGCAAUCAACCCCCUAACGGUCAGCCACAACAACCUUACGAUCCCUACGGUGGGCAAUAUGGUCAGCAGUACCAAUCCCAAUAUGGUCAAUACGGUCAGCAGUAUCCUCAAUACCCCCAGCAAGGCCAAUCUCAGUAUCAAUAUCAGCCGCCACAACCGCCACCCCCUCAACAACAAGCCUUUGUUCCCGGACAGAGACAAACGUACGUCCCUCCCCAGAUCAGAAAUGUACAGGGAUUCCAACCCCCCAAUCUGCCCGAUCCCACGCCUACCGAGUCAACUAAAACGAGUGCGCCUGCCGGUGGAAAACCUUUAUCGUUGAACAUUGGCGCACCGAAAGCUGCACCAUCAUUCAGCAUUGGAGCUCCGAAACCCGCUCCGUCAUUGAGCAUAGGCGGAGCGUCGAAACCCGUCUCGUUGAGUAUAGGCAAGAAGAAGGAGGAGGAAAAGAAAGUUGUCGAGAAAGAAGAGGAGGAGAAGGAACCAGAAGUGGCAACAUCCUCCCCUGCGGUUUCUACCCCGUUGGAAGAGAAGCCAUCAACCGACUCUAGACCAACGACUGUUCCAGCCCCUACACCCACGUCUCAGCAGAUACUGAAGGAAGACCCCAUAAACACACCCGCUCCCCAACCCCCAGUGACCGACGCACAAGUCAAAACCAUCAAAUCAUCUGGCACUUCUACACCUACAAACUUUACCAAAGUCACCGCUAAAAACGACGCCGACGCCAUUCUAAAAGAACAAGCAGCGGCGGGUACAGAAGCCAUGCGUGAUUUAUACGGCGACGAUGCCAAGGAUACCAAUGCUAAGGGACAUCUCAACAUCAUCUUCACGGGACAUGUCGAUGCUGGUAAAUCUACAAUGGGAGGACAAAUGCUCUAUCUGACGGGAGCUGUGGACAAACGAACCAUGGAGAAAUACGAGCAGGAAGCUAAAGCGGCAGGGAGGGACACUUGGUAUCUUUCUUGGGCGCUGGACUCGGGAAAAGAGGAAAGAGCAAAGGGUAAGACGGUGGAAGUGGGCAGAGCGUACUUUGAGACGGAGAAUAGGAGGUAUACCAUUCUUGACGCACCAGGUCAUAAGACAUAUGUCCCGAGUAUGAUCACUGGUGCUGCUCAGGCGGAUGUUGCGCUUUUGGUUUUGUCAGCUAGAAAAGGGGAAUUUGAAACUGGUUUCGAACGUGAUGGACAGACUAGAGAACAUGCUGUUUUGAUCAAGAACAACGGUAUAAAUAAAUUGGUCGUGGUGGUGAACAAGAUGGACGAUACGACGGUGCAGUGGGAUAAGGGACGAUACGAUGAAAUUUGUCAGAAAAUCACACCGUUCCUGCGGUCAAUAGGUUUCAAUCCGAAGACUGAUUUGACCUUCAUUCCCGUCUCUGCCCAAGUCGGAGAAAACAUGAAAGAUAAAGUCAGUAAAGAUAUUGCACCUUGGUACGAUGGUCCAUCCUUACUUGGAUAUCUCGACUCUAUGACCAUCAUGGACCGUAAUAUCAAUGCUCCGUUCAUGUUACCCAUAUCGGAAAAGUACAAUGAGAUGGGGACCAUGGUCAUGGGAAAGAUCGAAUCGGGGAGGGUGAAGAAGGGUGAUUCGUUGUUGUUAAUGCCUAAUAGGUCCACUGUUGAAAUCGCGGCCAUCUAUACCGAACAAGCAGAAGAAUUGGAAAUGGCUUUCUGUGGUGACAACAUCCGACUUCGUUUACGAGGUAUUUCAGAUGAAGAUGUUUCACCGGGAUUCGUUUUGACUUCGACUCAAAAACCCGUAAACGCCGUGACUGCUUUCAAAGCGGAUUUGAGUAUAAUCGAAACGAAAAAUAUUAUUUGUUCGGGAUACAGUUGUGUUUUACAUGUUCAUACCUUGGCUGAGGAGGUGACUCUAUCUGCUUUAUUACAUUACUACGAUAAGAAAACCAAACGUAAAUCUAAAAAACCACCUCAAUUCGCCAAAGUUGGCAUGUUGGUAUCUGCCAUCAUUGAGACUAACGCUCCUAUUUGUAUUGAAAAAUGGGAAGAUUACAAAAUGUUAGGUCGGUUCACAUUACGAGAUGAAGGUAAAACAGUGGCUAUCGGUAAAGUCACGAAAUUGUUGACGAAUGAGGAUAUGCCAGAUAUGGGAGCUAGGGUCAUUCGGGCUUGA